AUUUUAAUAUUCAGAAUUCAGAGUGUUUUCAGUUGUAGUUAUACUAGUAUUAAGUAAUACUUAUUUCUAAAAGCAUGCGUCCUUAUCAGUUAUCUAGUAAAAUGAGUAUUAUAAAGUAAUUUGUUGCGAUAUGUGAUUUUUAAGUGUUGACAAAGAAUAUUAUUUUGAAAAAAUUGCAAAUUAGGUGGUGGUGAUAUGUUUCCAAUAAGUCGAAUUGUAAGGUCCUUCCCUAAAAACUGGAAUAGGACCUUCACGGUGGUGAUUCAACCAACAGAAAGAACGUUUUUUAGUGCCACCAGUCCUCAAAAGGAGGUAGAAAAAAAAGUAGCAUUUAAUUUCAACAACUAUGACUGUAUAGGCUUUGAUUUGGAUAAUACAUUAGCACGAUAUAAAAUAGGUAAUAUGUUGGAAAUGGAAUACAAGAUAGUUUGUAAUUACCUAAUAAAAGAAAAAAACUUACCAACAGACAUGCUGUUGAAGCCGAUUGAUCCAAAUUUCUUAAUAAAAGGUUUAAUAGUAGAUGAUGAAAAUGGCAAUUUAAUUAGAAUUGCACCUGAUGGUAGAAUACUUCAAGCAACACAUGGUACAAGGUGGCUAACUGAAAAAGAGAUUUUAGAGUAUUACCCCACAAGGCACUGGAAAGCAACUGAUUUGUUUAUAGAGGAUCCACUACAAACUUGGAAUGGUCCAUAUUCUGAGAAAAUGAGAACUUUAUUAGAUUAUUUUGAUAUUGUUGUCGGCUUAGCUUUUGCACGAUCUGUUGAUACUAUUGAUAAAUAUAAUGGUCCUAAAAAAGAAUAUAAUAUAUGGCCAACACUUUUUAAUGCUUUAAUGUAUAUGUUUAAUCGAGAACAUUUUGAACAAGAUUUAGGAGAGUAUUUCCCAGAAAUGAAAAAAAAUCCACAUCAGUACUACUACAAAUGCAGUGAAAAUGUUGAAAAAUGGUUGCGAGAGUUAAAAAAAAGAGGAAAACAGUUAUUUUUGAUUACAGGGGCUCAUGCAGAUUUUGCAAAUCAUACAGCAACAUACACAAUUGGUAAAAAUUGGAAAGAAUAUUUUGAUAUUGUUAUCACAUAUGCAAAAAAACCGGGAUUUUUUAUACAAGAAAGAGAUUUUAUUGGUUUAAAUGAUAAAUUCCAAGAAACAGAUCCAAUUGCUACCAAAGAUUUGCAUCGAGGAGGAAUGUAUACUUAUGGGAAUUGGAUAGGUUUAAGAGAUUUCCUUACACAAUUAAGUAACAAAACGGAUCCUAAAUUUCUGUACAUUGGUGAUAAUUUGAUUCAAGAUAUUUAUGUUCCACAUGUUCAUACUGAAUGUGACACUGUAAAUGUGUGCGAAGAACUUGAAGCUGAAAGUUCCUUUGGAUUUACAAAUCAGGAACAUCCUGAUAAACAUGUUCUUUCUUCAACAUUAUGGGGUUCAUAUUUUCAUUGUAAAGAUACUGGAAACAUAACGGUUUGGUAUAAUUUAAUGAGGAGACAUUCCCUUAUUUGUGUACCUAGUUUAGAAUAUAUAGCAAAGUAUCCUGUAGACUAUCAAUUUGAAUUGUCCAACUCGUAAGUGGAUUAAUUUCAUUAGCUUAGCAUAAUUAUUUUUGUUUGUUUGUUUGUCUUGUAUUUUUAUAAGUCAAACCUGUAAUAACUGUGUUUUAAAUCGUAACUCAAAAUAAUUUUUAGAAGGAGAAAUGUAUCUCUAAAAAAUAAUAACCAAGCAUAAAUUCAGUGAUAUUUUUGUUAUCAAGAAAAUUUUGCAAAUAAUUUUAAUAUUUAAUUUCCUAUAGAUAAGCACACAUUUUUUGCACAGUACUUUUAAAAAAUUAUCUAUUUGAUAAUACAAAGUUGAUAGUAACUAGGUACCUAUAGUAAUAAUUUGUAAAACGUAUUUGUUUAGUUUCUCAUGGGAUUGAAACCAUUUGGAAUAAUCAGGACAGUUGGUUCUGGAUAUUUAAAUAAAAAUUAGGUCUUUCUUAUUUUUCAUGAAAACUACCCAUAUUGUUCUUUUUAAAUUUUGUUACACUUUUCAAUUUUAUCAAAGAAUUUUAAUAUAUUGGAUGACCCAGAGGCUAUUUGUACACUGUUAAUAAAAGAGACACAAUUCAAAAAACUAUAUAUUUCAAUAAUGCUAUGCUAUAAUGUUCUUUCAAAAGUUUUAACAAAACUUUUUUCUGUGCUCUUGCAACCUAACAUAUUACAUUUUUUGAGUUGUCAUUUUGUUGGCAUUUGGGAACUUUUUAAGUCAAUUUAAAAUUUUAAAUAAUAAUUUACUAGAGGUAUGUCUAUCACUGGAAUGAAAAAGUAGGAUACUUAUAUAAUUUUUGUUAUUCCUUGGAACUUAAAAUAUUUAAAAAAAAUUUAAAUCAAACUAUACUGUGGUUCAAAAUUAUCGCUCCACUAGAAAUCUGGAUAUAAAAAGUUUCUAAUAUACAGGGUGUCCCAUUAGACAUAAUUGUUCAAUAUUUCAAUUUGAGUUAUAAACAUGCAAACAAGUUUUAAAUAAAAGUUAUAUGGAUUUUAAAAAUAUUUUUGGAUAUACAGGGUGUUGCUUUUUUGCCUGACAAAUAAAAAUGU